AUGCCAGAGAAGCUGGUGUUUGGAGGAUAUUUUGCCCCCAUGUGGCACGACUCCAACACCGUCAUUAAGUUAGCCGAUGACACAAUAGUGGUAAGCCUGAUCACCGACCACGACGGGACAGCCUAUAGGGAGGAGAGCAUCCUGACUGGUUGCAUCACUGCCUGGUAUGGCAACUGCUCAGCCUCUGACCGCAAGGCACUGCAGUGGGUAUUGCUUACGACCCAGUACAUCACUGGGGCCAAGCUUCCUGCCAACCAGGACCUCUAUACCAGGCGGAAGGCCCUAAAAAUUGUCAAAAAAGAUGUGGGUUUACGAAGAUUCUUCCCCAAGAGUUUGCUGGACUCUGUGAAGGCUAAACCACUAAGGAAACUCAUCCAGCAGACCUUCAAACAAUUUGCCAACCUAAACGAUGAACAGAGCAUUCACAAGUUCUUUGAGAUCCUGUCUCCCAUUUACAGAUUCGACAAGGAAUGUUUUAAAUGUGCCCUUGGGUCCAGUUGGAUUAUCUCUGUGGAGCUUGCCAUUGGACCUGAGGAGGGCAUCAGCUACCUGACAGACAAAGGCUCAACUCCGACACAUCUGGCCAACUUCACCCAGGUACAGACCAUCCAGUACUCCAGCACGGAGGACAAGGUGCGCCAGGGGAUGCUGCUGCUCAAUGUGGCUGGAGCCCCUGUGUCUGUGUCUGUGUCUGUCCUCUGA